AUGAAAGACUACUUUGGCGAAAAUUGCACAUAUCUACUGGAGUACUUUCACAGACAAUUCAGGAUGCGACGAGAACUAUUUCUUCGUAUCCUGAAUGAUGUUAAAGCUUAUGACGACUACUUCAUCCAAAAAAGGAAUGCAACAGGUCGUUUGGGGUUGUUUUCUAUACAAAAGAUGACAACUGCAAUACGUAUACUUACAUAUGGUUGUGCAGGCGAUCAUUGUGACAAGUAUAUUAAAAUCGACAAGAGCACUGCCAUUGAAACUCGGAUGACAUUUUGUAAGGCUGUUAUUGGUGUGUAUAGGGAAGAGUACAUGCGCCCACCCAACGAAGCCAACAUAGCACGACUACUUCAAGAAAGGGAGGAGAGAGGACUCCCAGGUAUGCUUGGUUUUGUCGACUGUAUGCACUGGGAGUGGAAGAAUUGUCCGGUGGCGUGGCGUGGCACGCACGAAGAACGCUUUCAUAUGCCUACGCUCAUAUUGGAGGCAAUUGCCUCAAAAGAUUUGUGGAUCUGGCAUGCAUUAUUUGGAAUGCCGGCAACUUUGAUGCAGACUAUCCCGCACCCAAUUACAGUAAAAGAAAAACUUUCUACUCAAAAACAAGAGGCCUGUAGGAAAGAUGUGGAACGAGCUUUUGGGGUCUUGCAGAGCAAGUGGACAAUAACGCAAGGACCAGUGCAUUUUUGGGAUAAAGGGGACUUGUGCCUUAUAAUGAAAACGUACAUUAUCCUUCACAACAUAAUCAUUGAAGAUGUGCGUCAUGUCAAUGUUGGAAGAUGA